AACUUGCAUUUUAUAUUAAUAGUAAACUGGAAACGGCGAGAGUAGAACGUGUGUUCGUUUCGCGUGUAUAAAUAUAUUUUCGAGCGUUGCCAAGAAGUUUAUAAGAUUUUUCUUAUCAAUAAAAUUGACAAUAAAAAAUUUUCGCGCUCGAAAUAAUCGGUUACUCAUAGAACACGCGUAUUGAGGUUAAACAUUAUAAUUUAUGUCGAACAUUUUAACCUUUCCGCAACGAAACUCGCAUGUCGGUACGAUUAUAACUGUGUUAAUUUUACCGAUAUCAGUGGCAGUUACGGAAAACGAAGCUGGCAUUAUCGGCUCAAGGCCAGUUAUGGUGUUUCAAUACACGCGGUGAACCCCGCAGAAGCUCAGCACAAGCCGCAGACCGCAGUGUGAUGCAAUGUUUGUACGAGGAACUAUCAUUCCGCGAGUCUCCGUAUGCGAAAAAUUUACAAUUGAAUAAUUAUUAUAAUUUUAACGCGGCGCCUUAAGAAAAAUAUUCUGUGAGCUACUAGUGAUUUACUUCGUAAGUUUAAUUAAAAAAAAAAAGGAGAAUGGCAAAAGUAUCAGCUGUAGAAGGUUUGGCGCCAAAAUCGAUGGAAGCUGGGGAUAAUAACGCAAACGAGGAACAGUCGACCGAAGGAGUGCAUUUGAAGAAGGAAUUGAGCUUGAUGAAUGGAGUAGCCAUCAUCGUGGGAGUGAUUGUCGGAUCCGGUGUUUUCGUAUCCCCUCACUAUGUUCUGAAAAACGCUGGCUCCAAGGGCAUGUCCCUUAUUGUAUGGAUACUAUCCGGAUUACUCUCGAUGAUUGGAGCGCUGUGUUACGCGGAAUUAGGAACAAUGAUUCCCAAGUCAGGAGGAGAUUACGCGUACAUCGGAGAAGCUUUCGGGGAUCUGCCAGCAUUUCUCUACCUGUGGGUGGCCCUGUUCAUAAUAGUGCCUACAGGCAACGCCAUAACUGCCCUCACGUUUGCCCAGAACAUCCUCAAACCGUUUUGGCCAGCCUGCGACCCACCAGACAGCGCUACGUCACUAAUAGCCGCUGUUGUUACAUUAUUUUUAACUGCGCUGAACUGCAUCAACGUAAAAUGGGUGACCCGAGUCCAGGACUCUUUCACGGCUGCCAAGAUUCUGGCCUUGGUGAUCACGUUCAUUGCCAGUUUGUUCUACCUGUUCAGUGGACAUACGGAAAAUCUACAAAACAUGAUGGACGGCACGGUGACUGACGCUGGCAGUAUUGCUGUUGCUUUCUACUCGGGCCUCUUCUCUUACUCCGGAUGGAACUACCUGAACUUUGUGACCGAAGAGCUGCAGGAACCCUACAAGAAUCUCCCUAGGGCCAUCUGCAUAUCUAUGCCAGUGGUCACCCUGGUAUACGCGUUAACAAACAUCGCAUUCUUCGCUGUGCUGACGGGGCCUGAAAUGCUCGUAUCAGAGGCGGUAGCGGUCACAUUCAGUGAGAAAAUCCUGGGUGUGAUGUCGUGGAUCAUGCCGCUAUUCGUAGCCUUGUGUACCUUCGGGUCGCUCAAUGGAGCUAUGUACGCAUCUUCGAGGUUAUUCUUCGUGGGCGCGAGGAAUGGACACCUGCCCGUGGCGAUUUCUCUUAUUGACAUAAAACGGUUAACGCCUGUGCCAUCGCUUAUAUUUAUGUGUCUGAUGUCGCUGGUGCUACUGGCCUCCAACAACAUCGCGUCUCUGAUCGUGGUGGUGUCGGCGGUGGAAGCUCUGUUCAUCCUGUGCUCGGUGUGCGGCCUGAUCUGGAUGCGGUACACCAAGCCCGAUCUGACGCGACCGAUCAAAGUCAAUAUCGUCGUGCCUAUAGUGUUCUCCAUCAUUUGUAUAUUCCUAGUCAUUUGCUCGUGUUUCCGGACCCCGUUCGAAGUGGGAAUCGGUGUAGCGUUUAUCGUGAUAGGCGUCCCAGUUUUUGGCGUAUUCGUAUAUUGGAAGAACAAACCUAUGUGGUUACAAAACGCGAGUAAUAACUUCAAUCUUUUUUGCUCUAAACUCUUCUUGUCCCUGCCCGAGGACUCCAAGGACUUAUGAUUGUUGUUUGACAAACCUUUAUUCCACUAGCCUGUAAGUUUUAUGCUUUUAACUACUUUUAAGUUGUGAGUGCAAGAGAGCAAAGAUCUGUUAAAUUAUAUAGACGUAAGCAUUUGUGAUGUAGCUUAUUGCUUCAAAAAUAUUGCGAGACAUAGUAAAUUUCGUAUUUUAUACUUA